AUGAGUUCAAAACCCACGAUUGUCUUUGUGCCUGGAGCCUGGUCUGGCCAUGAUGUUUUCGACGAAGUCCGAAGCGUCCUUGCUUCUCGAGGUUGGCAAUCAGAGACAGCCACAAAUCGUACGGUUGGUGCGAACCCGCCAACGAUGCAUCUGCAAGAUGAUGCUGCUGCCAUUCGCGCAAUAUUACAGCGCCUCGCCGAUGAAGGCAAGAAGAUAAUUUUGGCCGUACACUCCUACGGUGGUCUCGUUGGCGCUGAGGCAGCCCAGGGCUUUGGGAUCAAACAGCGCGCUGAACAAGGUCUCCCAGGUGGGGUGAUCCUGUUUACAUACAUCGCAUCUUUCGUUACUCCCAAAGGAAUGAGUCUUAAGAAAAUGCUGGGAGGUCAAUUGCCUCCGUGGAUGCAUCUUGAGAAUGAUUCAGUGACCCCCAUGAUGCCAGAGAAGAUUCUAUUCAAUGAUCUGGAACCUAAAGAGGCUAAUCGAUGGAUUGCAAAGUUACAGCCGCAGUGCGAGAACUCGUUUACGGAUGAGGUUAGCUACGAGCCAUGGCACGACAUUCCCUGCGCCUACGUUCACGCUGAGAACGACACCGCGUUACCCCUUGAAAUUCAAGAAGCAAUGGUUAAGCAGUUGGGCCCAGGAACUUUGACUUACCGAACGUCGGCUGGCCAUUUCCCGUUUCUGACUCAGCCAACCACUGUGGUUGACGAUCUUGAGGCGGCGGCGGAACAGAUCUCUCAGAAGAUAUAACUACAAG